AUGGUGGCCUGCCCAGGCCUCAUUGACCUGCACGCCCACCUGCGGGAACCGGGCUACGAAUACAAGGAGACCAUCGCCACAGGGGCGCUGGCGGCGUCGCGGGGAGGGUUUACUACCAUCUGCUGCAUGCCCAAUACGGAUCCUCCCAUCGACUCAGGGCCGUUGAUUGAGUUCGUUCUACGCCGGGCCAGAGAAGCCGGGUUGGAACUGGCGGACCUGGAGGAGCUUGCAGCUGCCGGGGCGGUGGCUUUCAGCGACGACGGAGACCCGGUGCAGGACGCCAACCUGAUGCGUAUGGCCCUUACCUAUGGCGCGGACCUGGGCAAGCCGGUCAGCAACCACUGCGAGGACCUCCUGCUGAGCGCCGACGGGGUGAUGGCCGAAGGGGCGAUAGCUACUCGGCUGGGACUGGCGGGAAUACCGCCCGCAGCAGAGGACGCCAUGAUCGCCCGGGACAUAGCCCUCGCGGCGUCGACGGGUGGGCGGCUUCACGUGGCCCACGUCAGCACCGCAGGGAGCGUUCCACUUGUUCGUCGGGCCAAGGAACUGGGGCUGAACGUUACGGCAGAGGUGUGCCCGCACCACCUGACGAUCACCGACGAAUGGGCCCUGGGCACGAAGGGAAACGGCGCCGGCUCCAGUGAACAGGCCUACGACACGUCGACGAAGGUCUACCCACCGCUACGCAAUCGUUCCGACGUCGAGGCACUGGUUGAAGCGCUGGCGGACGGGACGAUCGACUGCAUUGCCACUGACCACGCUCCCCACGACGUUGCUACCAAGCAGGUCACCUACGAGGACGCAGCUUUUGGCAUCAGCGUGCUGGAAACAGCCCUGGGUUCGUCCAUGCAACUGUUCCACCUUGGUCGAAUUUCCCUGCCAGUCCUAGUGGAGCGCCUAACCGCCGGACCAGCGCGGGUGUUGGGAGCAGAAUACAUCCCCCUGGCAUCGCUGGCUCCCGGAACGCCAGCCGACGUCCUGCUGUUCGACCCUGACCAGGAAUGGACGGUCAACGCCGGGGAUUUUGCAUCAAAGGGCAAAAACACACCACUGGACGGCACCAAUCUGAGAGGCCGAGUCGUGGCCACCAUUGCUGCCGGGAAAAUCAUUCACCAAUCAGGGCAAUUGCGUUUACAGGAAGCCGAUGAAUCAGCAUAG